AUGGGCAGUGAAUUUUUGUCAAGAAAACCCCAUUACGAUAUCACCAUGUCAAAGAGGACCAGAAAGCCAACUAAUUCAAACCUCAUCAACAUUCAAGAAUCUGCUGAUCAUCAUCAAUCUGCAGAAAACUGCAUCAGUGCUACAGUGAAGAUGAAUCAGGUGGUGAAUGAAGGGAUCAUUCAAGGGGAUGAUGAUGAUGAGGAGAGCAAGAAGAGUUUGAAGCAGCUGAUUGAAGGCCGCCGGAGAGGGACUUCUCUCGGAGAACACUUCACGGCGGAAGAGAAGCAGCUUCAGGUGGCGGUGGUGAAGGCGGCGGCGGCGGAGGACGGCGGCGGGUCUAAUGGCGUUAAGUUCAAGCACAUGAUUAGCCGCUACACCAAAGUGUUGAGCCACAUGAUGAAGCUUAGGCGCGAUGCGAGCAAACCCCAUUUCCGAUUAAAGGUGCAGCAGCUUCAGAAAUAA